UUUUCUCUCAGUCCAACCCAAGAUUCUUCACUCAAACUUGCGACUCAAUGAGUAUCAGUCUCUUUUGUUCACCCUCCACCUCUUUUUGUACAUUCAUGCAGAAAUGGACCAGAAUUUCUGGUUGCUUUUGUGUUUGUUUUAUGUAUGCCAUUCAUUAACGGCCUUCAACAUUGAUCCUGUGACAUGGAAGACCUUCACAAACAAUGAAAAAACUGGCUUUGGCUAUAAAGUGAUACAAAAAGGUGAAAGUCUGCUAGUGAGCGAUCCUUUAAUACAACAGAGUCAAACUCAAAGAGGACAAAUUUAUGACUGUUCUGUCACCAGAGGAAACUGCGUGCCACUGGCCAUUACUGUCCCAGUUGAAGCUGUCAACAUGUCCCUUGGACUUUCAAUGUCUCUAGAUCCUCAGUCUUCAAGAGCAGUGGUUUGUGGUCCAACCAUACCUAAGAACUGUGAUGUAACAACAUACAACGGCAUGUGCUUUAAAAUCAGUUCAGAAAAUGUUGUGAGCAGAUCUGUGCCAAGGACUCUGAGAGAAUGCCCAAAGUCACAAAUUGACAUUGCUUUUUUAAUGGAUGGAUCUGGAAGUGUAAAUUAUGUGGAUUUUAUGAAGAUGAAGGCUUUUGUUAUAGAAAUGAUCAAAAGUUUUAUAGACCAUGAUACACAGUUUGCCAUUGCACAGUUUUCUACAAAUUGUUACAUUCAUUACAAGUUUAAACAAAGUUUCAAAAAUGCCAAGCAGUGGGAAGAUGGAGUGAGAACGAUAUCUCAAAAUAAGGGAUGGACUAACACCGCAAAAGCUAUAGAACAACUUGUGAGGGAGCUAUUUGUAAGUGAAGAAGGUGCAAGACCAUCAGCCAGUAAAAUUCUGGUUGUUAUCACAGAUGGUGAAUCAACUGAUAAUUUCUUGACUGAAGCCGUUAAAAAAGCGCAAGCAAAAAAUAUAACACGAUAUGCUAUUGGGGUUGGAAAUGCUUUUGAUAUUGACAAAGCCACAAGGGAGCUGGCAAUUAUCGCAUCUUUACCCACCAGUAAGCAUGUUUUUAAAGUAACUGACUUCGACGCACUGGAAAGUAUUCGUGGACAACUCAAAGAAAACAUUAUUGCAAUUGAAGGAACACAGACCUCCGGUGAUUCAUCCCGGAUGGAGUUUUCACAGGAUGGUUUUAGUGCAGCAUUUACGUCAAAUACAGAUAUAAUAAUGACUGCAGUAGGAGCUUUCCAGUGGAAAGGUGGAUAUCAGUUGCACAAACAGAAUGAUCGGUUAAAUGUCUUUCAAGCUGGAAGUGAGCAUGACAGUUAUUUAGGUUAUUCCUUGGCAAUAGCGACAACAUUUGGAGCAAAGUAUGCAGUCAUGGGAGCACCAAGAUUCAAGCAUAGGGGACAAAUAACUGUUUCAAGAAUUGAUAAUAUUCAAAGCAAUUUAAAGGAACUGGAUCCCCCUAAGCCUCAGAUUGGCUCAUAUUUUGGAGCUGAGGUUUGUGUGGUGGAUUUGAACAGUGACUCCAGAACAGACCUCCUGUUGGUAUCGGCACCAACAUACAUGGAGCCUGACCGGGAGGGUAAAGUGUUUGUUUACACCUUCACUCGCCGGUCUUACUUUGAUUUUUCGGAUAUGGUGCUGGUGGGAAUGGCAGGUCAGAGGGGUCGGUUUGGUUCUUCUCUUGCCAGUCCAGCAGAUCUAAAUAAUGAUGGUUAUAUGGAUGUGCUGAUUGGAGCUCCAUUAGAGGAGGACGGACAGGGCAGCAUCUACAUCUUCAAUGGAGGAGUAGAUCAGAUCAAUUCUGCCUAUUCACAGAGGAUUGCUGGAUCCUCUUUGGAACCACGUUUGCGGUUCUUUGGGAUUUCACUAAGUCAGUCCUCUCUAGACCAGACUCAAGACAGCCUUCCUGAUAUUGCUGUAGGGUCCAUGGGAGCAGUUAUGCUUCUCAGGUGGGUUUUGUUUGAUAAAGAAUUCAAAAUAUAUAAAUAUACAGAUUCAGUCAUGAUCAUUCAUAUAUGUGUGUGCGUAUGUGAAUCAUUCAGGUCCAGACCCAUCAUGAAUUUGGAAAUCAGCGUACAUUACAACCCAUCCAAAAUACCAACUGGUGAAACAGACCUGUCGAUUAAAAAUACCAUCAAAGUGUGCUUCACCAUGAGUCCAUAUAAGCACAACAUAAGAGGCCUAACAGCAAAUAUUAAUUACACCAUAAUGCUGGAUGCCAAGCGACAGAAAUAUCGAGCAUAUUUCUCACCCAAAAACCACAUCCUCAAUAAUGAUAUGCAUAUUAGGACUUAUAACGAAACUUGUAAAAGUCAUCCUUUCCUUAUAGACGCUUUCUCAGAAGAUGCUCUGAUCCCAUUGUCUAAUCAGUUAACAUUCACAUUUGAGGGCCUACCAUCUGCCAAACUGCAAAACAUAAGGCCAGUACUUCUGCCGGGGAUAAAGACCACCACAGACCACAAUCUGGAUUUUGAGAUAAAUUGUGGACAUGAUGACAUUUGUGUUGAUGACCUCAGGAUGGAUUUUAAUUUCUCUGGUUCUACAAAUAUAGAGGUUGGGAUCAUGCAGGAAAUCGAUGUGGCAGUGUUUGUAGAGAACAGAGGGGAAAACUCAUACAACACACUCUUCACCCUCAACUACCCCUUUGGACUUUCCUACAGGAGAAUCACAUCUAAACAGGGCAGAGUGGAGUGUGUAUCUCUUGACAGUGAGCAAAAAGGUACAUUUGGAGAGACCACUUGCCACAUAAGCAAACCCAUCCUCAAGGGCAACGCUCAGGCUGUGUUUCAUAUUACAUAUAGCAUCGCUAAAGAAAGCACCUUCGAUCAAAAGGUCAGAUUUACUGCUAGAAUCAACAGUGGGAAUGACAAACACUCUCAAACCAGUGAAUUAUCCAAAGAGAAAAGCAUUGGUGUCAAAUAUGCCAUCUAUAUUGCCUUAAUAAGACAUGAAGAUUCAACCCUUCACAUUAAUUUUACUGCACAGAAAAAUGGUACUGAUAAACCAGUCAAACAGAUACUUAAGGUUGAGAAUGACUUUAGAGAACUAAGUUUCAAAGUUCUCAUCAGAGUACCAGUGAUGUUGGGAGAUAAAUCUAUCUGGACUGAUAAAAACAUACAGAUUCCCGGCUGUGUGAAACAGAGGGAUAAGCGACCAGUCGUAACUGAUUUUGUCGAAGAAAUUAAAAAGGAUCGUGUGGUGAACUGCUCUGUGGCCGUGUGUGCCGAGUUCAGCUGUGAUGUCACUCUCAUAAAGCAUGAAAGGAUGCUCUAUAAUAUUACUGGCAAUGUGAGCUCUGGAUGGAUUGAGCAGACUGGACUCAGAGCUGGUGUUUUUCAGCUGGUCAGUUCAGCAUCUAUGGAUUAUGACAAGAGCAAAUAUGUUUUCUUUUCCUCUGAUUCUCAACAAACUGUACCAUCUGUUCAGAUUAAUACUCAAGUGGAGGUGUAUGAGGAGGUGAAUCUGACUAAAGAGAUCGCGGGAGGCAUAAUAGCAGGAUUGCUGCUACUGGCUUUCAUCACAACGGCUCUCUAUAAGGCUGGUUUUUUCAAAAGCCAUUACAAGCAGCUGCUAGAAAACGCAGAAGAAAGCCCUGAUUAGGGGCCAACCACAACAUAUGUUAACUAAUUUAACAAACCCUUUUAGAUCAACCACAAAAGAGAUGCAUUAAAGAUUCAAACGUGGCUUUACAUGCAAGUGAAAAUUUGUUCCACUACCAACAUUAAUAAUGAGAUUUAUUACAUGCAUGCAAAUAUUAUUGAGAUACUGCUUGUACAAUAACCAAAAGGUUUUUUUUUUUUUUUUUUUUUUACCAACUCUGUAAUGUCUUUAUUAAAUAAAAGGGACUUGUUGCUUUAAAUGGAGGAGAAACAA